UUUGACUUGGGAGCAACCGCUUCCACUGCACGUCGCUCGCAUAAAAGCUUCUCGAACACCACACGGUUGGGAAGAGAGAGGUGAGAGAGGAGGAGGAGGCGGACUCGCCGGAGCCGGAGGUUGCCGGAGGCGGCGGCGGCGGCGGCAUCGCGCUCUUCUCCUUCGCUGCUUCUCCGGGGAAAGAGGCAAGGUUCAUCAAUGGCAACUCCAAAUACCUAUUCAGUCCAUAUCUCCUCAGAAACCCACAGGAUUGAGGCCUGGUUGGCAUCUGAUGAAGCUUUAGCUAGGCAGUUGCAAGAGGAGGAGAAUGCACAUGAUGCUAUUGCUACAAGAGAAUUUGCUGGUAACGCAUCCUUGGAACCAUCGUCACCAGCUGUUGAGUACAGACCUCCCAAUAAUGCAGCUCAGGUUGCAACGGAAGACAAUGUUGACCCUGAUAAUAUGUCUUACGAGCAACUACAAGCAUUAGGGGAAGCAGUAGGAAAUCAAUCCAGAGGAUUAUCUGAUGACCUGAUAUGCUAUUUGGUGCCUUUUAAGAACAAAUGCAGCUUCUUCUCCAGGAAGAAGAAUGAUGAGGAAUGUGUGAUCUGUAAAUCGACUUAUAAAAGCCGACAGAAAUUGAUAAGAUUGCCCUGCAGCCACUGUUACCAUGCAGAUUGCAUAACUCGCUGGCUUAAGAUCAAUAAGGCAUGCCCAGUCUGCAAUGAGGAGGUAUUUGGGUGAAUCACAGCGCUUGUGGCAACGCUGGUGAUGUUUGCGUUGUGUUCAGACACGUUAUGCUCCUACACCCUAUGCUAUACACCGGUGCUCAAGGAAAAUGCGUUUUGGUAUACUCGUACUACUAACUGAACCAUGCCAUGGCCCAUGGCUGUGAUGUGUCCAUCCAACUGAGUUUUAUCACAAAUAGAUAAAUCUGUGUGUGUACUAGUACUAUGGUUGCCAUUUUUCUGGUAAUGCAACCUAGCAGAAGCAGCUAAAUAGAUACUCUAUGUAUUGCGCCAUCUUUUACAUGAUCUCUGCUGUGGAAAGAAGCACAAUUGUGAAUGUUCUACACCCCUACUCUGCCAUCUUCAGUUAAUUCAGCAAUACUGCAUUUGCUCUACAGCUUGUGUGUGUACAGUGAACAUGGUUCUUUCAGCCAAAACUUUUGUUAGCAUAUAGUGAUGUUCUUUUCUUUUCCUUUCUUAUUUUGUAAGGUAGAUGAAGCAGACAUAUCAUAAACCACAGUCAGAAACUUUCCAGCAAAAAGGAAAAGGCUUAUGUUAGUAGACU